GAGCUACCUGCACUCUUCCAGGUCCUGAAGCUGCUGCAUUAGUCUGUCGAGUUGCUCCUCCAUGUUUUGUUUUAAUUUAGUUGUUUCCGAUUUCCCCCGGGAAGCCAUGGCUACGCCCUAAAACUGUGUUCACAUGUUCUCCAGGAAAACAAACAAGUUGCGUUUCCAGAGGAAAGCCACAUGUUACAAAGCUCCUCGUGUGCUGGGGGUAUUCAAUCUGCAUAUACUGCGGAAACCACUGCAUGUGAUGAGCUCAAAACAUGAGCAGAGCUUCUCAGUGAGGAGAAGAUCAUCAAUAAGGGAGAACAAAGUGACAGAAGAGGUGUCCAUUUUCUACCUGUGCAAGGACAGUGCGUUUGCAGGGAGCAGAACGUCCUGGACAACUUUAGCAUGACUGAGCAGCAUUCCUCAGCAGGUGACAGAUCAGGGCAUUUCUAAGAGCACCAUUAUGGACGGUGAAACAGCAUAUAACUAACGGCACAUCAGCGCAGUGGUCUGUAGGCAUGCUGCACCUUGAGAACCAAGGCAGGCUUCUUCCUUCCAGUAGCGUUAUGCUACAGCGUCUAAACAGACCUGCCUGAGUAUGCCUGGCAUUAUCUGUGGUAGCUGGGAAAUGAUCAGCAAUAUCAACUUUGAUGGGUACAUGAUAGCACUGGGAGUAGGAGCCCUCAUGCGAAAGCUUGCCCUACAGCUGAAGCACAGGAAGGUGGUGGAGCAGGAGGGGGACGUCUACGUGGUGAAGACCCUCAGCACCUUCAGGAACUACACCCUCUCCUUCAGGCUGGACGAGGAGUUUCCGGAGUUCACCAAGGGUCUGGACGAGAGGCACUGCAAGUCGCUGGUGUCCUGGGAGGGGAGCAGGCUGGUGUGCGUGCAGCAGGGGGAGAAGAAGGACCGCGGCUGGGCUCACUGGAUAGAGGACAACCUGCUUCACCUGGAGUUGUACUGUGAAGGACAAGUAUGCAAGCAAGUUUUCAAAAAGAACGUCUGAAGGCAAGAAGAUGGCUGCCAUUUCUUAAGGAGGAAUUUUUAAUAAAAAAUUUUAAAAAUCAGAAGGCUCCACACUUCGGAGUGAAGUACGGGAAGGAUGGAAUGAAGAGAAGAGUAUAAUGUUUUUCACACAUUGCUCAACACCGUUUGAGUUUAAGAACAACAUUCUUGCUGCAUUCCCUGUGUGGCCUGCACAGAUACAUUCUUCAUAAACAAUCCUAGGGCUAGCAUGCCUUACAUGGAUGUGUCUCUAAGGAUCAGAUAGUUGAGUGUUUAAAUGAGUGGUAUGUAACAACGUAUACCACUAGAGGGCACUCUUAGAACACAAAAAAGAGAGAUUACAGAAGGCCCCCCCUCAUUUGUGAUUAACCUUAAAGGUUAUAAAAUGUAAGGUAUUUUUCCAUUGUAAAUGCAAAAGCCUGUAUUUUGAUUGUUUUCAAUAAUUUGAACAAUGGUGCUAUAGAUGAAGUAAAAAUUUGAGCAGUAGGCAAACCCUUAUUGAAAAGAGUCUAAUGACAAUGUUGUAUAAGAAUGACUUGGAUCCAGGGUUAUCAGAUUUUGGUUCGGUAUGUAUUUUUUUAAUGCUUAUGGUUACUCACUAAAGUGAUACAUCAGUGCUGUAUUUGCAUCCAUCAAGUAGAAUCUGCAGGAAAACAUGAACAGUUGAAAGAAGUAUUCUCAAAUAAUUAAAACUGGGGGAUAAUACCUGUAACGCACUAGAGUAAUUCUUAUGUAUUCAGCUACUGUUUGUGGAAAUUUUAACGUUUUUAUUAAUUUUGUGAGUUCCUAAAAACAUUAAUUUUAUGACUUGCCCUAUCAUUUGAUAUGACUUAAAAGGGGACACAAACAUGAAAAGAAAUCCAAAUGGUAGCUUUACCAUGAUAUAAUGAACUACAUGAGACAU